GUUGUUGUGAGGCGACUGCGCUACUGCCGGACCGGGGCGGUUAUGGCGGCUCCAUAUUAACACCCUCCUCCUCCUCCGCCUUCUCCUCCUCCUCCUUUCCCUCCCGCCCGCAUCCGUAAGCCAUCUCCCCCUUCACCCUGACACCUACCUCUUUCCCUCACCUUUCCCCCUCCCCUUUUCUACCAUGCCCGGCAUGAUGGAGAAAGGGCCUGAGUUACUGGGGAAGAACCGAUCGGCCAACGGCAGUGCCAAGAGCCCGGCGGGCGGCGGUGGCAGCGGCGCCUCGUCCACCAACGGCGGGCUGCAUUACUCAGAGCCGGAGAGCGGCUGCAGCAGCGACGACGAGCACGAUGUUGGGAUGAGAGUCGGAGCCGAAUACCAAGCUCGGAUCCCUGAAUUUGAUCCAGGUGCUACAAAGUACACAGAUAAAGACAAUGGAGGGAUGCUUGUAUGGUCUCCCUAUCACAGUAUCCCCGAUGCCAAAUUGGAUGAGUAUAUUGCAAUUGCAAAGGAAAAACAUGGCUACAAUGUGGAGCAGGCACUUGGCAUGUUGUUCUGGCAUAAACAUAACAUUGAGAAGUCCCUUGCUGAUCUCCCUAAUUUCACUCCCUUUCCGGAUGAGUGGACAGUGGAAGAUAAAGUCCUAUUUGAACAAGCCUUUAGUUUUCAUGGGAAGAGCUUUCACAGGAUUCAGCAAAUGCUUCCAGAUAAGACAAUUGCAAGCCUUGUAAAAUAUUACUAUUCAUGGAAAAAAACUCGGUCUAGGACAAGUUUGAUGGAUCGCCAGGCUCGUAAACUAGCUAAUAGACAUAAUCAGGGUGACAGUGAUGAUGAUGUGGAGGAAACACACCCAAUGGAUGGAAAUGAUAGUGAUUAUGAUCCUAAAAAAGAAGCCAAAAAAGAGGGUAGUACUGAACAACCUGUUCAAACUAGCAAGAUUGGUCUAGGAAGGAGAGAGUAUCAGAGUUUACAGCAUCGCCAUCAUUCUCAGCGUUCCAAGUGCCGUCCACCUAAGGGCAUGUAUUUAACCCAAGAAGAUGUGGUAGCAGUGUCCUGUAGUCCCAAUGCAGCCAACACCAUCCUAAGGCAAUUGGACAUGGAGUUGAUUUCUCUAAAACGUCAGGUUCAGAAUGCUAAGCAAGUAAACAGUGCACUUAAACAGAAAAUGGAAGGUGGCAUUGAAGAAUUCAAACCUCCCGAGUCAAAUCAGAAAAUUAAUGCCCGUUGGACCACAGAGGAGCAGCUUCUAGCAGUACAAGGUGUCCGAAAAUAUGGUAAAGAUUUUCAAGCUAUUGCAGAUGUAAUUGGCAACAAGACUGUUGGCCAAGUGAAGAACUUCUUUGUAAACUACAGGCGUCGGUUUAACUUAGAGGAGGUAUUGCAGGAGUGGGAAGCAGAACAAGGAACCCAGGCUUCUAAUGGUGAUGCUUCUACUUUAGGGGAGGAGACAAAAAGUGCUUCUAAUGUGCCAUCAGGGAAGAGCACUGAUGAAGAAGAGGAGGCACAUACCCCACAGGCUCCUCGGACUUUGGGUCCAUCACCUCCUGCCCCAUCAUCCACUCCAACACCAACUGCCCCCAUUGCCACUCUGAACCAGCCUCCACCACUUCUUCGUCCAACACUGCCUGCUGCCCCUGCCCUUCACCGGCAGCCUCCUCCACUCCAGCAACAGGCUCGGUUCAUUCAGCCCCGGCCAACGUUAAAUCAGCCUCCACCACCUCUCAUCCGCCCUGCUAAUUCUAUGCCACCCCGUCUAAACCCAAGACCAGUGUUGUCCACAGUUGGUGGUCAACAGCCACCAUCGCUUAUUGGAAUUCAGACAGAUUCACAGUCCUCACUGCACUAAAGCUGAACUGGACAGAGCUGCAGUAACUCUUCACCUGUCAUUAUUACGCCAGUUCUCAUUGGACUGAUGUUAAGGAGAAAAGAAUAAUCCUUCCUAGCUACUGAGGCUGCGAACUCGUUCUAUGGACGUGGAAUAGCAUAAGUGGACGUCUAAGAAUGUUUCCAUUCACUAAACUAAAAUGUUAUACAACAAAAAGCCUCCAGGUAGCCUCCUUUCUAGAGUAUAUAUAUAUGCUCAACGAUGUGAUCUCAUAAAUGGGGAAAAAAUGAUUAAGUAUUCUAUUCAAGGUUUUGUUGUUGUUGUUUUGUUUUUACUAUAUUUAUUUUAUUGAAGUUCUUCAUAUUCCAGCCUCUUCAUAGUCUGGGCUCUUAGUACAGGAAUAUUGAUUUAGGAUUGUGAAAACUCCUUAAGUUUCUUAACUUAAGGAUGUUUGACUUUUUUUUUCUUUAACUUAAUUUUUUUUUUUUUUUAAAUAAACAUUUUCCUAUGUUAGGAGUGCAAGACUAAGUAGCCUGCAUUUCAGAUAUUGAUGUGUUGAUUUAAUGCAUAUUUAAGAAAUUAUAUAGCUGCAUAUCCCUUUUUUCAAAAGAUGUUGCUUUUUUUUCCAAAGGGAUUUUAGUAAAUUCCUUUUUAAAAAAAAAAAGCAAUUUAAUCAAUUGCAAAGCAAUUAUAUGAAAUCACAAAGAAUGUACUGAACCUUCUAACCCUUUAACAUACAAUUAAGGGUCUAGUGCAGAGUCCUUAUUUAAAGGCCAUUAGCCUGUCAUCUAUCAGUAAUCAGAGGAUUGGAAUAAUAAUUUUACAUACAGAUGAGAACUUAAUUUGUUCAAGUACAAUGAAUGUCUUUCAUUUAAAUUCCUUGGAAAUGGAGUUAAAUUCGUUUUUUGUUUUGAUGUUUUUAAAUGAUAUGUGCUUUUUUAACUAGUAGUUGCCUACACUUGGGAACUUUAGAAGAGAAUUAUAUUUUGUCAUUUAUGUGGACAUGGUGACUAUGAAAGCAUUUAUUUGCAAUACCCUUUUUAUGUUUUGGUUUUUCUGAACUUAAUAUCACCUUCAUACUAAUUAAUAUGGUCUGCGCUUGAUGUAAAAGAUGUUUUCUUGAUGAAUCUCUGUUGUACUGUUUGGAUGCAUUUGUGUAUUCCUUGCAGCCGACCUGUACUCGUGAGUUUGGUUUAAAAGGUUAACUCAUCAACAUUAUUUCAUAAAAUAAAAUUAAGAAUUUGUUCUGUGUUUAAAAUGUAUCAGUAUAUUGUCACAACUGUGCUGUUAACUAAAAUGCUAAGAGAUCCCUUUUUAUAAAAACAAAGUAUUUCAAGCCUUCUCAAUUCAACACAUAAUCAUUAAGCACCUAUGAAGAAUAUGUUACAUGUGACAGUAUUUCAGCAGUGUAUUACCAAUACUUCUUAUCCAACAAUUGAAUAUUGGAGUCAUGACUUGUACAAGGGGAUAGAUCCCUUAGGUGGCUAUACUAACGGAACAUAAGGCUAGAUGUGUUAGCAUGUUCACAUGCUCAUUACAUGUAGAACUACUUCACAACAGGUUCAGCAUCUAAGGACUUUGCUUUGAGAAGUUGUAUUUUCCCCAAAACAUUCGAAAAAAAUAAUCCCUGCCAUCGUCUCUAAAGAGAGAGAAAAUGAAUUCCUGAAUUAGUUUUUCUUCUGAAAUUUAGACCAGUUUUUUGCAUCAGGACAUUAAGUUCUGUCAUAAUGUAAAAAUCAUUCUCCAGAAUGGGUCCCUUCUUUAUCAUUGGAUCAUCUCCAAUAGUUCCUGCUCUUGGACUGUAACCAGAUAAAAUCUAACUGAUUAAAAAUUCUGAGUAUUCAAGAAGUUUUACUUCAAAAGCCAUGGAGUGGGGGCAGUGAUUGAUCUUAAAAGAAAAUAUCUAAAGCAUUUUUUUAAGUAGUUAAAUCUUGCAUAUGUGCAUAUUAUACCUUUACCUUUAUCUCUGCUUUUAUUGUCUUGUCUCUUGUCAGUAGACCUUCAGUAUACAGCAUGUGGCAUAUGUCAGUCAAGUUGGUCAGCCCUAACAUCUGUCCAGCUGUCCAGUAUAUUGUGAUUUCAUUUAAAAUAUGUUCUAUCCCAGACAUGGGCCCAGGUGCUGUAUCUGAGGGAAUCGCUGUAAUUUGAUUUACGUACAAUAGAGCACACAGAAAAAUCUUAGCUUCAUUAGUAAUAUGAUACAUGUAUAUAGUGAGAUGUCUUUAUUGUGUGCUUUGCAUAUUUUGUAAAUAUUUUGCACGUCAUUUUUUUUUGUUUGUUUCAGCAGUGUUUGGCCUGGAAGAGUGAUAUGCUUGCUGCUUAAUCAAAGGAUUAAAGAUUUAAAGAUGUCUAUGUCUUCUAUUUUUAUAUAAUUUCAUGUUGUAUGAGGAAUUUAGGACCUCUUUACUGUGAAAUUCUAAAUACUGAUUUUUUAUAUAAAAAAACAAAACCUAGAAAUCUCUUAAUUGAUCAUUUUCAUUAAUUUCAGGGUUAUUUGAAAAAAACCCAAGUGUUUUUUGUUUUGUUUUUAUUACAUAACUAAAAAUAAAUCAUACUGUUAGUACAUCUGGUAAAUUUAAUGAAAAAUAUUCUGUAUAAUUUAAUUCAAAUGUAAUAAGGAUGGAGGUAAAGGUAAGUUAUUAUCAAGACUUGUCCCAUGUAAGUUUGUAAUUAAGUGAGUAAAAUAGAAUGUAAAAUAAAGAUUAAAGAAUGUAAAA